AUGAGAAUUCUUUGCUUUCGUCAAACUAGAGGUGAAGAUCUUUUCCCCAUGGAUUCUUCGAACAUUGAUAGUACUUCUCAAAAUGCAACUGAAUCGUAUACUGCUUUUAUUCGCCAACAACAAAACCAAAGACAGGCAAAUAGGAGGAAUCGAAUUCAAAGUCCACGCGUUGAUCAUCGUAAAAGAAUAAAUAAUUCCACGUUGCAUCCUAAUUUUCAGGCUUCUACUUCAAAUCAAGCACAACCUGAAUACAUGGAGUUUAAGAAAAUUUCAUGUGGAUAUAAUAACCAUUUUGCAUUCACUUCAUUUGGUGUAAAGUGCGAUACAGACCUUUUUAGAGCAUAUAAAGGUAUUUACACAUUCAGAAUUCAGGGACAAGUAUAUCAUUAUGUAAAUCAACUUCUGCCGAAAAAUAAUCAGCCUUCUUAUAUGCAAUUAUAUUUUUAUGAUACGAAUAACGAAGUUGAAAAUUGUACGAAAAUUUCAGAAAAUUUUGUUGAAUCUACUUUGAUCAUUUUGAUUGAAAUCUUGAAAGUAAAUUCGUAUAGUAGAUUCUUUAGGUCUUUAAGUAAUAUGACCAAUUUGCACGACCAUCGAAUACAAAUAAGAUGCGAUCCUGGACUUGAUCAAAGAGUCUUCAAUACUCCUUCAGCAUCUCAAGUAGCCACUGUAUGGGUUGAGGAUGAUGACAAUGCAAAUAUUUGUGUUCGUGAUAUUACUAUAUAUGGUCAUUCUGGUGAUUCACAUAAGGUUCACUAUUAUUAUGGUUGUUAUGAUCCUUUGCAAUACCCUUUACUUUUCCCAUUUGGAGAACCUGGUUGGCAUGAAGGUAUUCAGAGAUACAAAAAAACAUAUUUUGAAACUCAGAAUUUACCCGAUUGCGUAGCUUUUCCUAGCACAGUAAAUUUUGCAACUGAAAUCUUUGCAAAAGAGACUCAAGUAUUCAAUGGAAUGAGGAAACGAUCACAGGUUUCUUGCCGCGAGUACUAUUCUUACAAGUUACAAAUUAGGCCUUCUAGUAAGUCUGUGUUGCUUCAUACUGGUAGACUUUUUCAACAAUAUGUUGUAGAUAUUGUUCAAAAUGGGGAAACAAGAGGGUCAAAAAUUGGAAAGAAGAUUGUUCUACCACAAACUUUCACAUGUGGGCCUAGAGAUAUGCUUAAAUUAUAUUUAGAUGCAAUGGCUAUCGUCCAACGUUAUGGAAAACCAGAUAUAUUUCUAACUAUAACAUGUAAUCCAAAUUGGCUAGAAAUUAUGCAAGAACUCAAACACAAUGACGAAGUUCAAAAUCGACCAGAUUUAAUUGCACGUAUAUUUAGAGCAAAAUUGGAAGAGUUAAAGAACGAUUUAUACAAAGAAAAUAUUUUUGGUUCAGUUGUUGCUCAUAUAUACAUGAUUGAAUUUCAAAAACGAGGGCUCCCUCAUACCCAUUUAUUGUUGAUUUUCAAUUCUGCCCAUAAAAUUUGUUGUGCUGAACAAGUUGAUAUGAUAGUGUCAUGUGAAAUUCCCGAUAAGAAUAAAUACUUGCAUCUUCAUUCUGUAAUUGCGAAACACAAUAUGCAUGGCCCUUGUGGAAAUCUUAAUCCAAAAAAUAUAUGUAUGUUGGCAAGUAGUGGUUGUAAAAAUAAAUAUCCUAAGGAUUAUUGUAACAGUACUAUAUUUGGUGAUAAUUCAUAUCCCUUGUAUAGACGUCGUGAUAAUGGUAUUUCUAUUAAAGUAAGAGGCCAAAUGUUAGAUAAUCGGUGGGUUGUACCAUAUAAUCCUUAUUUAAGUUCAAAAUUUGACUGUCAUAUUAACGUUGAAGUAUGUUCUUCUAUUAAAGCAGUAAAAUAUUUGUACAAAUAUGUGUAUAAAGGACAUGAUCAAAUUUAUACUACUGUUUACGCUUUACAACUUCAUAUUAAAGAUCAUCAGCACGUAACUUAUAAUGGUAAAGAUGAUUUAUCUGUUAUUAUUGGAAAUGAGUAUACGAGAAGAACAAUGCUAACUGAAUUUUUUCGGAUGAAUGAAGUAAAUGAAUUUGCUCAAACGCUAUUGCAUCGAGAUUUUCCAACACAUUUUGUGUCGAAGGCAACUGGAAAAACUUGGACUCCUAGAAAACAACACAUUGUUAUAGGGCGAAUCGUGACAGUUAAUCCAUCCGAAGGAGAACGAUAUUUCCUUCGUAUUCUUCUGAAUCAUAUUAAUGGUCCAACAUCAUAUGACAGUUUUAAAACUUUAAAUGGAGUAAUAGUCAAUACAUAUCGAGAAGCAGCACUUUUACAUGAUUUGUUAAAAGGAGACAACCAUUGUGAAGAAUGUCUAUCUGAAGCCAUUAUUUACAAAAUGCCCAGUUCUUUAAGACGUCUUUUUGCUACACUUCUUACACUUUGCAACCCUAAUCAUCCAAAGUUAUUGUGGGAUAGAUAUAAAGCCUAUAUGAUUGAUGAUUAUGUACACCGAAACAUAUGUGUUAAAGAUGCUGAAAUUCAAGCUUUGGAAGACAUCAAUUCUAUAUUAGAAUCGUUAGGAAAAAAUGUAAAUGAUUAUGGAAUAGUUUCAUUCUUUGUAAAUAUAGAUGAGACUCAAAGAUUGGCAAGAGUGAUUGCUGAGGAAACAAUGAAUUUUAACAUUCAACGAGACUUUAAUUGUGUAGAGAAAUUCAAUAAAGAACAAUGA